GCCGAGUCUCCGCGCCUCCCAACGUGUGUGUGCGCGCACCAAUCGGCCACGCACUUGACCGACUCUCGGUCGUUACGGGCGGGGCUCGCAGUCUGUGAAACUGAAUUACCGGCAGACCAAAACUAAAGUUACCCGAGCUGGUAGCUCUCCGUGUCGUGAGUGCGUGGGAAUGUACUGCGCGCUGCGUGGGAAACACACAUCGGUCUGCUGUAUAAUGUCUUAACGUUGGAUUUAAUCGUCGAAAGCCCAAAGCCUGAGAUAGUUGACAUCUGCAGCUGUACAUUCGCUUGCCCUCCUUAAACGCUGGACGAAAUGCAAUAAAUAUAUACAGCAUCGGUUAUCAGCACGGAUCUGGAGAUAUCAGCUAUUAACCUUUUCCCGUCGACUGCUAAAGUGCUCGUGACUUGUAUAAGGCUGGCAGGUCUGGGGAGAGGCAGUUAGCAUGGCUGAACCAAGACGAGAUAGCAACAGCAGCCUGCAGCGCAAGAAGCCACCAUGGCUCAAAUUGGACAUUCCCCCUGCGCAGGCUUCCCUGGACGAACCUCCAACUUUUAUCCAGCCGGUAAAGAGGCAAGGUUUCCACCGAAGCGUCAGCAUGCCCGUGGAAACGUCCCAUCUCACCUCGCCUCCACGUGACUCCAUCCUUGACCCCCGUCGAGCCGCUUUCCAGCGUCAGUCUUCGAUCACUCAAACCAUCAAAAGCAGCAGGAGAGUGCACUUUGAGAGGAUUAACACUGUGCCCAUUAAGGGUCACCGGGCGGGGCGCCACAGUUUCAGAAGGCAUCAGUCCCUCUCCAGAACUCUUCUCAGGGGUACGGCGGACUGGUUCGGGGUGAGUAAGGACGGCGAUGCCACGCAGAAAUGGCAGAGGAAGAGCCUGCGACAUUGCAGCCUGCGUUACGGCAAGCUGAAACCUCAGGUGAUCCGUGAGAUGGAGCUGCCCAGCCAGGACAACAUAUCGUUGACCAGCACAGAGACACCCCCACCUCUAUACGUACCCUCAUCUCAGCAUGGCAUGCAAAAGAUUGUGGACCCGCUGGCACGAGGUCGCGCGUUCCGCAUGGUUGAGGAAGUUGAUGGCUACAGCGUGCCCCAAACUCCCAUCACCCCCGGCGGUGCAUCCCUCUGCUCCUUCAACAGCUCGCGAUCGGGUCUGAACCGCAUCCCACGGAGACGCAAGCGCGAGUCUGUGGCCAAGAUGAGCUUUAGAGCAGCAGCGGCUCUUGUGAAGGGUCGAUCGUUGCGAGAAGGCACGCUCAAGCGAGCUCACAGACGCAGCUUCACACCGGCUAGCUUCAUCGAGGAAGACGUUGUGGACUUUCCAGAUGAACUCGAUACAUCUUUCUUUGCUAGGGACGUCAUGCACGAGGAGAUGUCCACCUACCACGAUGAGGUGUUUGAGUCUCCAUCCGACUCCACCAUGAAGGACGUGGACAGCAAACAGCUGGAUGAGUCGGAGCUGACGGGCAGCGCGCUGGACAAGAGCGAGUUAGAGAAGAGUCACUUAAUGCUGCCUUUGGAGCGCGGCUGGCGAAAAGUAAAAGAGGGAACACCAGUGCCACCGAAAGUCCGACUGAAGCAGGAGGUGGUGAGUGUGGACGGCCAGCGGAGAGGUCAGCGCAUAGCCGUGCCGGUCAAGAAGCUCUUCGCGAGAGAAAAACGACCGUACGGAUUAGGAAUGGUGGGAAAGCUGACAAAUCGUACUUAUCGCAAGCGUAUCGACAGCUACGUGAAACAACAAAUAGAGGAUAUGGAUAACCACAGGCCUUUUUUUACAUAUUGGAUAACGUUUGUUCACAUACUGAUCACUAUUUUGGCGGUGUGUAUUUAUGGCAUUGCACCAGUGGGCUUCUCCCAGCAUGAGACUGUCGAUUCUGUUCUAAGAAAUAAAGGCGUUUAUGAAAAUGUCAAAUUCGUGCAGCAAGAGAACUUCUGGAUUGGACCAAGUUCGGAGGCACUUAUUCACCUAGGAGCCAAAUUCUCACCGUGUAUGCGAAGGGACCAUGAAGUACACGAGCUGAUCAAGAAAAAACGAGAUAUGGAGCGAAAUUCAGCGUGCUGUGUGAGGAACGAUCGCUCUGGUUGUCUGCAGUCCUCAGAGGAGGAGUGUUCGAGCACUUUGGCUGUAUGGGUGAAAUGGCCCGACCAUCCCAGCGCUCCUCAGCUGAAGGGAAAGAACCGACAGUACGGCUCUGUGUGUCAUCAGGAUCCCAGGACGUGUGUAGAGCCGGCCUCGGUCUCACCUCACGAGUGGCCUGAUGACAUCACCAAAUGGCCAAUCUGUACCAAAUACAAUUCGGGAAACCACACCAAUCUGCCUCAUAUCGACUGUACUAUCACCGGCCGACCCUGCUGCAUCGGUACUAAAGGAAGAUGUGAAAUCACCUCGAGAGAGUAUUGUGACUUUAUGAAAGGAUACUUCCAUGAGGAGGCAACACUUUGCUCUCAAGUGCACUGUAUGGAUGAUGUUUGUGGACUUCUUCCGUUCCUGAACCCAGAGAUCCCAGAUCAGUUUUACCGCCUCUGGCUCUCUUUGUUCCUUCAUGCUGGGAUUCUGCAUUGCCUGGUGUCAGUAUGUUUUCAGAUGACCAUUCUUAGAGACCUAGAGAAGUUGGCUGGGUGGCUUCGAAUAUCCAUCAUCUACAUUCUGAGUGGCAUCACAGGAAACCUGGCCAGUGCCAUCUUUCUUCCUUACAGAGCCGAGGUGGGUCCAGCUGGAUCUCAGUUUGGCAUCCUGGCGUGUCUGUUCGUGGAGUUGAUUCAGAGUUGGCAGAUCCUGGCUCAGCCCUGGCGAGCCUUCACUAAGCUACUGUGUGUGGUGCUCUUUCUGUUCGCCUUCGGCCUGCUGCCCUGGAUCGAUAAUUUCGCCCACAUCUGCGGAUUUGUCUCGGGCUUUUUCCUCUCGUUCGCCUUCCUGCCCUACAUCAGCUUCGGCCGCAUGGACAUGUACCGCAAGCGCUGUCAGAUCAUCAUGUUCCUGGUGGUGUUUGUGGGCCUGUUCGCCGGACUCGUAGUGCUCUUCUACGUGUACCCCAUCAAGUGCGAGUGGUGCGAGCUGCUCACCUGCAUUCCUUUCACCGACAAGUUCUGCGAGAAGUACGACCUCAACGCGCACCUCCAUUGAGAGAUGCACGGAGGAGGGGCGGAGCUUCAGGGACUGAGAGAUUUGGGCAUAGCGUCUGCCAAUCCCCUGCAGUUCGUCUCUUCCGAACGAAGCCGUUUCUGUGAACUUGGACAGUUUUCUUUUUUACUCAGUGCAAGUCGGGAUGCCCCUUUGACCAUUAUUUUGAGAAUGAAGAAUGCUUUUUAAUGCACCCCAAAGUUUUAUGUAGUCGGUAUUGAAAAGGGUGCGUGAUGAUAAUCAUACAAAAGCAGGGUAACACCCGCCCCAAAAAAAUGUUCUUCACACUACAGUCUCAUAAGACGGUGUCAAAAUAUAAGCACUGGUACACCAAAUAGAGAACAUAUGAUCUGCAAUUUGAUUAUUGUUGAUACUUUAUAUGUUUUAGCAUGUCAGGGGUAGGUGUGUCGUUGUUUAGUCAACCUCAGAAUCCAGGGACGAAAUACCUGUACCUUCGGUGCCUUGAUAAAUGUACCUACUACUGCCAUAUUUUCGUUACAUGUUGAGCACUCAAAUGAUAUUCUUUUAUUUGUGUGUUACUUCAAAUGGAGUAAUGGAUGUUUAUGUACGGGUAGUGUUUUAGCUACCCAAUUUACUCACUUGUUACAAAAUACAGCCAAAAACAACCUGCA